GGUCUUGCCUCUUGUCAUCUUGCUGAUGAAGGUGCAGUCAAAGGCAAAAAACUGUGAGCAGCGAAUUAUGAUGUUCACAGCUCAUCCACAGCCCAAUGCUACUGAUAAAACACCUUGUUCAGAUCUCUGCGUCCCAUAUCAACAGGCAGUGUACCAGAAAGUGAUGGCAUGGAAUGAUAAGAAAGCGACAGGGCGACCUGACUGCAUCGCCGAUGACGGAGUUUGCGUCAUCUUUAAUGCAGAUGAUGGAGGAGGUGGCGACAAUCAGAAUUGCCUAUGCUACACAUCGCUGGCAGUCAUGCGGUACAGGAAAAAAACAAAUUGCGUUCCCAAAGACCUUGCUGCAGAAUGGGGCGGCAAGGAUGACCAGCAUGAUUGGAGUCUUCUUCAGGGGCUUGGGCAAAAAACUGGCAAGACUGUCUCUUGUGGUCAUCAGCCGCACGCAUGUAAGUGCGAUUAUGCCAAGACCGACUUCCCACCCACACAGCGCUGUCUCUGAUACCGCUUUCAGAUGUCCAACCAGCACUUUUUACAUCUUGCGUUAUUCCUUGUGCACAACCACAACGACCGAGUCAAUCUUCUCUGCUCGCUAUCAUGGAAUUACCCGUUCAGCAUCUUCAACAAGUUGCUUGCUCUCUUCUGGCUCCAGCCCCUUAUUCCUAAUACUCACCUCAAUACAUCUCUUUGCGUCUGGAGUCGUCUGGCUAGACGCUACUCGCAGUCUUUGGGCUUGGACCUUGCCUCUUGUCUUUCUUGCUUCUAGCUCUAGUCCAAUGAAGACAAAAGGACAGCUAUCUUCUUUUUCAUUCACCAUCUUCGUACACAGGUAGAAUUGCUACUACCUAAAAGUCUUCUUCAGUGUUUCAGAAGUAGACUCGAACAGCUCUGCCUCGUACCUCGUGCUGACGUCUUAGCUUUCAACGUACACCCCGUCGAGUCCCUUCGAGCCCAGUCGUCACACUGUCUCCACUGAGAGCAAAUCUUCUUCACAUGUUGGACUGAGCCUGAGUCUUCAUUAUGUGCAGGCCUUCCAUUUUUGCUUGGUUGAGUAAGCUUGACUAAUAUCCUCGUUUUAAUACAAGCGAUCACUAAGACUCCAUCAUCUCAAUCACUGAGCACGAUAAGUUCCAGUUGCCGC